UGCCGCCGGAUCUCGUACUCCAACGACACGGGCGAAGGAGGAAAGGUAGUAUUCGGUCUAACACAUUCAGCCAUCGUGUAUUCGUCCACCGUGUGAGACCCCGUUGCAAGUCGGGUAACCGAACAUGUACGUGCGUAUCGUGUUGCGCGAACGACGUAGCGCUUACGAGACGUCGUUGUCGCUAGGCACGGCCUAGCUCGGCCCGGGCCUGUUUCCCUCCGUGGCUUUGCGCGCGCGGUAUCGCGCUAUCGUACCGAGGCGUAUCUGACGGCCAGCGAGUGGUGUUUGCGUUCCCGAGGCGGGCGAAGAAUACGGCGGGAGCGAGGUGCUCCGAGAAAAAGCGGGCGAGCGAGCGAGAAGGGGGACAAAGAGGAGAAACGAGGACGGAGAGUGCGAGUGAGCGAGCGCGAGAGAGAGGGGAAGAUCGUGCGCGCGCGCGCGCGGGCGCACGCGUGUGUGUGCUUCGCGCUCGCGCCUUCCACCGCUGCGUUCCUGGAGCGACGCUCGCCGACGCCGACGCCGACGCCGACUUCCCGACGCAUUGCGCGCGUACGUGUACGCGCGUGCAACGGCUCGCCCGGACCUCUGAGCGCGUGUCGACACGAAGGUAUCCCAGGCUGACCGCUCGUCACGCGACUCGUGCACGGGCUAAAAUGCCCGACGUAGCUGCCGCCAGCAACGUCAGCAUCGGAGAAGCCAGACCACGUAGUCGGGUCGCGCAUUUCGGCUUCCUCGCGAGCACGCCGUGGCUCCGUUUGCCUCGCGGACUACACUGAUACACGGUCCGCCGUACCAGGGUUAUAUUUAUGGUUGUCGCCAAGGAGCAUGCUUGGGAUUCUGGAGGGACAUACGUUUGAGAGACUACUGCUGCGGCACGUUCCGCGGACGCUACGAAACGUUUGGACGGACGUACAGUGAUAGUGCACUUUGAAAACUUGCAACGAUUGAUGAACGAGAGAGCCGUGAAAUUUGCCGGAAGGCUGUGCGUGUACGAUACAUUCGACGGUUCUUGCGUUUGAAUAAUAACUAACAUUGAAAAGAGAAACACCGAGCUGUCUGCCUCUUUGACGCUGCAUUUGCUCGCAUUACUCGCUCUCUCUCUCGCUCUUGUACAUGGUAUUAAAAAGAAAUUUUUCUUAUUGUGUAGUGUAUCGAUCCUGGGCGAUUGUCAGUGUUCCUACAAAGGAAUAGAUUUUAGAUAACUCUUGUGAUAUCUACCAAUGUUGAUUUAAAAAAAUCGACUUUAAUAUUACCAAGAUGUGUGAGCAAACGGAAAUCAACUAUCUGGAUGGAGAUGUUGUUUGGGUUAAAUUGGGAGCGUGCUGGUGGCCUGGUCAAGUCAUCGGGCUGAAUAAUUUGCCAGAAGAUGUGCAAACUGAAUUUCAAAAGAAGCCAUUAAUAGCUGCUGUAAAAUUUUUUCAGGAAGACACUUAUGAAUUUGUGAAAAAUUAUCAUCAGAUCUACAAAUACAAUUGUACCCUUAAAGAUGAAUUUAUUAAAAAGGGGAUGGAUAAAUACAGAACCAAAAGUAAAGAUGGUAGUAGUUAUAUGGACAAAUUCCCUGGUGAUGUGGAGAUGGCGGAAAAAUUAACGGGAGGAGAUCCUGACAUAUUGCACCAUGAUAAAUUUUGUCCUGAAGAGAAACCAGAUAUCUCCGCUCUGUUCGGUGAGAAAAAAAUUCCGAAGAAAAAGCGCGAAGAAGGACAUAGGCGAAGUGAUGGUGCGGAUUUCUCGAAGAGGAUUACACAUCCACGCUUCAUACGCGGCGAGAGUGAUCACGAGGUCCGCAUUCGUCAGCAACCCAAUAGUUUACCGUCGACUCCGACUAAUACAGGUUCUCCGGUGUAUCGCUGUCAUUUCUGUAAUUUUACUUCCUCGCGCGUUAAUGUCAUCAUUUGUCAUAUAAAAAGUCAUCGAUCUGAUGACUCGUCGUUGCCGCGGUCGAAGGUGAAAACUUACUCGCAGUCACGUGGUAGAAAUUCCGAAACAAGCACGCCAAAACGAAAAUACGUGAGGAAAGAUAAAAGUUCCUCGAGUAAAAAGAAGACCGAUAGCAGGUCGGAUUCUGUUAAACGGAAGCAUUCGAAACAGAGCGAAAAAUCCAGUAAGAAAAAGAAAAGCGAUCCGGAAUUGCGAGAGAAGCUGUUGGCUGAUUGGGAUGACGAGUCGGAUGAAGAAGCAAAUGUUGAUCUAAAUUCUCUAAAUAGUAGGCUAAGCGAUUCGCCCACAAAGAAUAGGUCAAGCACCGAUGAUAGUAAGGACUAUGAUAGUGAGAAGAAUGCUGAAACUGCAGAAACUAAUGAAAUUAUAGUGGAAACAGAGAAACUGCUCAAGGAGACUGAGCAGUUAUCCUCGAUACACAUGAUACGGGAGUCAUUGGAUAGCUUGCACGCGUCAAAGAACAUACAAUUUAGUUUUGACAAGAAGUCUGAUUUUGAGAAGGAUACCAAGACUAGCAGUAAAUCUAAUGAAACGUUAAACAAAUCACCAAAGAAGGAUACUUCAAGUUCCGAAAGCGAGAGUAAACACGUUUCUGAUAAAGAUGACAAAAAAUCACGACUGGCGUGUUUUGAUUUCGAUGAGGAUGAUUUGAGCGAGCCCUCCAUACCACCUGUACGAAAAAUUCCCCGAGUUUUCGGCGAGAAGAAUUUAUCCUUAAAAAAAGAAAUUAUCAAGGAAUUCGAAAUGAGUCAAGCCCUGAAAAAUGAAAUUAAGAGGGAAGCCGAAAAAGUAUCUGAAUUAGGUAAAAAUAUGGAAUUAAAAGCUGACGAAAUAAUGGAGAUAAUACAAGGUAGAGACAAUCGACAGGAGAAAGAUGCCAAAGCAAGUGAAAAGCUUGAUGAGAAUGUACAAGAUAAAACAAAAGUAAAACACUCUAAUAAAGAUAAAAAGGAAGAGAAGAAACCUUUGCAAUCCGAUGAUAAUCGACAGAAAUCUAAUACCUGCGAGACGGUAGAGAUUGUGGAAAUACUUGAAGUUGAAAGAGGAGAUGGUGACAUUGACUAUUCUUUGAAUGCUGCAAAGGACAUAGAAACAAAAUCUAAGAUUGAUGACAUAGGACAUUCUUCGAACGCUGCAAAAGAUAUAGAAAUGAAAUCUAAGACUACGCUGGAUGUAAAUAAAGAAGUAUCGAUAAAGAAGGACGAAAUAGAUAUCAAAUCUAAUGAUGAAAAAUUAUCACAGUUGGAGAAACCUGAUUCAGAGGACGCAAUCGCGGAAUCUAAUGACAACGCUUUGACGAAAGAAGCUGACGACACUUUGUCGGAACGAUUUACUACGGAAACAGAAGAUGAAACCGUGUCCGAGUCUGCAGAGACUGUGCCUGAACAAAGUGAAAAUUCAGAUAUUGAUAACUUAGACCGAAAUAUUGAGAGUCUUUCGGGCAUUAUUAAAAGAGGAAGAGGGCGACCUCGUAAAAACGCGAGUUUGCCUAACAAGAGUACUAGUGCAAACAAAACUCCAAAGAUGAAAGCUAGUAGAGGCAACAAGAGAAUGCGCUUGAGUGAAAGGAUCGAGAUCGAACGAAAAACUUCGGAUUCUGAUACAGAUCGUUCAUAUAGCGGCAGAAGACGUAAACCAAAUAAGAAAUACUUGGAAUCCGACAUUUACGUUCAAGAUAUUCAAGAUCCUGAUGAUUACAAAGCGUUUAGGACGGACGAGAGUCAGUCAGAAAGUGAAACUAAAGUUUCUGAAAGAGUCAUAAGCAAAUCUAGAAGAGGCAGGCGUCCUAAGGGAGCUAACAAGAGAAGCAACGAACUCGUCGCUCAAAUGGAUAAGCAAGAAAUAGAAGUAUCCGAUCAACUACCAACUGUUGCUGAAAAUAAUGUUAACGUCUCGUUGAUAGAUGUAAAAAAUGAAACAUCUGAGAAUAAAAAAGAGACCUUUUCAGAAGAAGAAAAAUCUGAGGUCAAAUGCGAUGUACUUGAUAAACAAGUAAAAUCUUUAAACGAAACAGCUACUGUAACAGUCGACACAGACGUAUCUUCGAAAGAUGUAGAAAUGACGUUAUUUCAGAAAUCAGAAGCUAUAAAUAAAACGAAGGAGACAAAAUUUGAUGUAGAUCAAACUAUGAAGGAAUCUGAAAUGGAGAAAAAAGAUUUAUUGAAGCAAGAUAAAAAUAUUAAAGGUCUUAAGGAUGAUGAAAAUCCAACGAUCGUGGAGCAAACUGAAGAUACUAUCGAUAAGGUUGAAAUACAAGAUACUCUGAAAACCAACGUGGAUAUGUUGCCGCCAAAAAAGUCUCAAAUAAAAAAAUUUGAAUUGUCUCAAAUAGAUUUUUUUGACGCAGAUGUUCAAGCUAGUAAAAGGGUGGAAACUGAGCCUGAAUCUGAAUCUCAGUCCGAGCCUAAGACCCAGCCUCAGUUUGAAUGUAAAAUUGAAUCUGAACCUACAAUUGGACUUAAACUUGAACCUCAAUCUGAAUCUCUGAAGGAUGUUGAAGAAAAGAUAAAUAAAAAAGAUGAGAUAAAGGCGACUGUAAGUAAGGUAACGGACAAAGACAAUUUUUUUAAUACUGAGAACAAACAGCGCAGUUCUGAACAUCAAAAAAAGAUAGAUCAAUCAGAUGUAAAAGAACAAGAGAUGCAGUUGAUGGAAGAAGUACCGCAAAAAACGCAGGAUGUUGAUCAGCCUAAUUUGAAGUUGCCAGAAACGUUAUCCAGAACAAAUGACGCGAAAAAUAUACCCAAAAGUCCAACGAAAUUGUUGAUCGAGCAACAAUUGACGCCCAAGAAAUCUUCAAUGCAAACGAGAUACAAGGGUAAAUUUACUCCAGAAACAGGUAAAGGAAAAAAAGAUAAAGAUUUAUUUCCAGAAGAAAGACCAGCCAAUACAUUUCAGGAGGCUUUUCUGAAGACGUUACAAAUAGAUAAGAAGAAGAUUAUAGUUGAAAAUGUUGAGAUGGCAUCCAACAAAGGAGGAAAAAAGGAGAAGAAAAGAAAAGCUGAAGAGAUGGAAUCAAAUGUCGCUGUUGUAUCUGCACAAAGUAAAAAAAUUGAUGAUUUGAAUAAAGAUGUGGGGAUUUCCGAAAAUAUCCAAAUAGCUGAAAACGUACCAAUUAUAGAUGAUAUUGGAAAUAUUGAAGUUGUUGUCGAAGAAAAGAUCAACAUCAAAGAUACUAAGAUUGGAGAUAAUGUCCUCGAAAUUGAUAGUGAGCUUGGGUCAUCAUCCAGUGAAUUUAUUACAUCUAAACCAGUACUUCAGUCAGAAACACUUUCUGUUUCCGAAAAUAACGCUAAGAGUAUCUCCAGUGUCAUAAAAUUGGAUGAAAUCCCGAAAGUGUCCAUAGUCACAUCAUCUUUAUCGUCUGACAUCAGCGUACCGGUGAAAAAACGUGAGAUGCCGCGAAUAAUAGAGAAUGUAACGUUGACUGAACCGGUGCAAAUUCUCAAGACAAAGUUACUCGAUAAACCACCGCAAAAAGGUGUGAAGCACAAGUUGGAAGCAGAUGCUGCAAAAAAGAAUGAUCAAAAGAGCGGUCCGAAAGCAAAGAUAAUUAAAAUAGAAACUCUGCCAUCGAACAGCAAGGUGAAAACUAGUGCAAAAUCCAGCCCACACAUGACUCUGACUAAAAAACUUCAGGUAUUAAAAACAGAGGAGACUGAUGCGCUUUUGGAAGCACAAAACAAAGAACAAGCUACGUCGCAGACUAUUAUUACCACACCAGUAACAGAGAAAUACAUACAGCAGAGUGCUCAAAGUCUCGCGGAUAUGACGGAACUGGACAUUAACUCGAUGCCAUUUGUCCUCAGUGAGGACGUGCUGACGCCAGAGAGCAUUGAACAGAUGCCUGUUGUUAUAUCUUCCAUUAUACCAGCUUCCAGUUCGAUUCCAGCCACGCUCUCCUUUACUCCAACCACGCAGAUAGUGUCACCCACUCAGCAAACUCAGUUUACGAUCGCGAACGAGACCAUUGCAACAGAAACAUCGCCGACGAAGAAAAAGAGCGGCGUGCCAACGAUAUUGAAGACCAAAAGUAAAGCGAAACCAACCGUUACGAGUGUUAAACCGUUGGUACCGCCACUCACCGGUGGCGUAAAAGGCUUGAAAUUUCAAAGCGCUCAACCGACCGGUAAAACGUCAACUCUUUUGACACAGAAAGGUACCACUCCAGGAAAAUAUGUCGUCGUGCAGACCGCGGGUGGCCAACAACUGCGUUACAGUGUUCAGGGAAAAUCUGGCACUCCACAAAAAAUAGCUAUUCCAACUGGCGGCAAGGCGGCAGGCAACGCACAAGUAAUUCAACAAGGUGGUAAAGUUGUUAUAUUAACGUCGGGACAAUCAUGCCAGACCAAGGUAAUGCCGCUGAACAUUUCCAAGACUUUGGGCGGCAAAGUACAAAGAAUCGUCACGAGCAAGGCUCAGCUGUUGUGUCCGAUCAGUCCACAAGGUAGUAUAAUCGCCACUAAGACUAUUCUCGCGCCAAAAGCUGAUACCGUCGCUGCUGCUGGUACAUCCACUACAUCCAAAUUGGCUACUAGUGGUCACAAAAUUAUCAAUACACAGGGCAUAAUUACGUCUAAGGGUGUGCUUACUCCGAUUUCAGGUGCUAUCGGUAAAACAGCGUUAUUGGGUACAUUGUCUCAGGGAACAUUGUCUCAGGGAAUUCUCACCAAAGAUGGCAUUUACACUCCGAUCAGCGCUUCAGCUUUGAGUGGGAAGACCAUUAUCGGCUCGAAGACUUUGGUUACGAAAGGCGCGACUCUUUUGACUUCUCAAGCUCAAAAUCUAAGUGGCACGAAAGCGAUCUUGACACCAGUGUCUCAAACUAUCACCGGCAAGACGAUAUUGGGCACGCAAGCUGUCGUCAGUAACAAAGGUACCAUCCUGACGCCGAUAACAGGACAGCAGGUUAAAGCCAUUGCUGCCAAAAGUCCGGUUAAAGGCGGCAAAGUGCAAUAUCAGCUCCAGCAAAAGGUACAACUGCCGAUAUUGCAAAAGUCUCCGAAGGUACCGAUAUCGGCAACAGGCUCGCAAACACGGGUCUCUGCGAAAUCACCAUCGAAUAGUUCGUUGAUUCUGCAAAAUGCCUCUAGCCCCGGUGUGAUAUCUCAAAAAAGCACAACGUCACAUGGCAAAAAGAUUAUUAAGCAAAACGUGGUACAACCAGGCACCUCCAUUCAAGGCAUCGCUUCACCGAGCGGUACGCAACAAACGCUGACAAUGGUACAGCAAGUGCAAUCGAAAGGCAAAGUCACCGUUUCACCGCAAAAAGUCAUUGUUCCUCGAACUGGCGGCCGCCAGACGAAAGCUCAGCAAAAGAUCGUCGUCCAGAAAGUACAAGAGCCACUUAUGUCGGUGGUACAGAGUCCUCAAGGAAAACAGACGUUUGUCACGACUAUCGCAACCGCCACCACCGCUGUUAUCACUACGACCGCCACUACACCGAUUGCCACCAAGACAGUCGCCCAGAAACAUGCAAGUACCAAAUCCUCUGUAAAAUCUCAGGCCUCUAAUAAGGCGCAAAGAAAUCUCAACGUCGUCAUGAAUUCAAUGAAUGCCAUCACGUCGAACAUAAAUGUUGCCACGGCCACUACUACUUUAUCUUCGCUAGAAUUGACCAACGUGGAGAAGAAGGUAAAAACAGAUCUUCAGAAGGAUUCUCAAAAAGAACAAAAUAAAAUUGAGAAAAUCCAAACUGAAAAAUGUGACGCAGAAAAGGUAGAAGAGCCGAAGGUGGCCGCGCAGCCUCAGAUCAUGGCUCUACCAACAGAAAGCAGCGACGGUACGCAAACCUACGUGUUAGUGACGAUAGAUGAACAAGGACAAAUACAGCCGCUUGAUAAUAAUACCCUUAUGUCGUUGGAAGGAACCACGCAAAAUCCAGACGGCACGAGAACCUUGUAUAUAGAUCCCAGUUCUCUGGGAGAGGCUGGAACCCUAGACAACAUCGUUCUUCAGUUUGACAACAGUGUUUUGCCGAAUAUUCAAACCAACGUAACAGAGGCUAGUCAAACGGCGAUCGUGAGUGAGAGUUUUCCCGCGUCAGAGGUGAUACAAACGUCCAAUCAGGACAUUCUCGCAGCUGCUCUCGCCAACACGGACUUUCAGCAGGAGAUCAAUUUGCCGGAGAAUCAGGCGGGUAGCGUCAUGACCCAGACCGGUCUGACUCAGACGAGUCUCAUUAAUCAAACCAUAUUACAGUCGACCAUUAUACCACCUACAGAACCGAUAUCUUCGCCCUCGGUGCUGGAGACUUCAUUGACUCUGAAUCAACCGAUCAUGACGCCGCUCGAAGUACCGAGCAAUCUACCGAUUCAGUCGACGGACUCGACUCCCACAUCGGUCUCCACUAUUCCAUCCUCCCUCGAACUACCGAUCACCAUUACAAAUCCCAGCAUCUCCUAUAUAUCCGCCACAGGAGAGACGCAGAUCCGAAUUCCUGGCAACUCGAUGCCAGACAUCGGCGAGAUCAUAGAAAGUCCAGUGACAGUAGCGAGCAGAGAGAUAGAUCACUCGGAGAUUCCUGCGAGUACUCAAUACGUGGUCAUUCCGAAUCUAGAGGACAAUAUCGCAGUCACAGAGACGCAGAACGUGCAGAACGCCGAGAUCACGAUCGCACCGUCAACCUCGUACACGGUCACUUUGCCGAACAGCAUAGUCCUGGAGAACUCGCAGGUACAAACUACUCCGUCGAUGCCGAUUAUUGACGACACGUAUGUUGACAAUUCGCAAUUAGCGACAACGAUCGUCACUGAGCAGACGUUCGUAGACGUACCGGUGUCGGAGAUGCUCGUUUCCAAGGUAGAGAACGCGCAAUCGCAGGAUAUUACGGUAACAUCGGAAAUGAUUAUUUCCUCGCAUCAGAUUCCGGUCUCUCCGCAAAAAUCGAUUGUGUCGACCAACAAAAAUUUGAAUGAGGAGCAGCCUGUGACGAUGCAGGAGGUUUACUCUUCUCAGGAAAUUCCUAACACGUCCGAAGAACUGAUUUUGCAACAAUCGGCUAAUGAAGAUACAGCCUCGAGCACAAUGGAAGUUGUACUGGAAUCGGAAAAUGAAAACAAAGAGAGCGCGACUUCGAUGACCGGUUUAUCGACAAUAGAUGAAACCAAUGUGAUCACGUCCGAAUCUAAUUCGCAGAUAAAAUCCGAACGUAAAACCGCGAGCGAAUCGCACGAGGCGAACGCGACAGAAAAGUUGAAACGGCUAACGGUUUCAGAAGAAUCUAGCGGUAAAGCUAAGUUAGCAGACCAACAGGUAGCGGGCACAUUGAACCGAGAGGAACGAACAGUUUUAUCAACGGAGUCAUUGAAUUCCUCGAAGGACUCUGCUAUGGAGUUGGACGAAGCGGUCGAACCGGAUCUGUUUGCCAAAAGCGCGGUUGGCAAGCAAAGUACGGAAGAUUGUCAAAGGGACGAGCCAUCGUCGCAGGAGGAGUCUGACAGACGUCGUCUGCGCCGUAGCAUGGAGCUGCGUUUCGCAGAUGAAGAGGGCGAGGCAAUCGCGGAAGCUAGUCAAGAAACGCCUUCGCAAUCUCAAUACGAGCGAUUUAACGUGUCCGUCAGCAGCGACUCCACGGAUCUACCUAGUCAAUCCGCCUCCAAGUUAGAAAGCUCGUCGGGCGAGGCCACGCAGUCGACGGCGUACGAGCUAAUGGAGACGGACGAGGAAACUAUCGUGGCGGAACCACCAUCUCAGUCUUUUGAGCAUACAAAGAUCAACGAGGCAUCCCAGUCAUACGAAGCUUCGGCGGAAUCCAAUGUGAACGCGCCGACACAAUCCUUCAAUGAGAUUGUACAAAGUCAGGAGCGAACCAGCGCCGAUGAGGCGAUCGACGAUCAGAGCUUCCCUACACAAAGCUAUGAGGUCGACAAGGGUGAGAGCAUGACGGAGAAUCUGGAAACCGAUGCAGAAAUUAGUCAGGAAGGUAACAUACCAUCACAGUCUAACGACGUCGGUGCUGAUGGCAUAGGUACGUCAUCCGUAUCGACAAAUAAUUCCGGAUUGAAUGAGGACGAAACGGCGAGCUCGUCCUACGUGCCAGAGACACCCGAAAACCAAGAGCGCGACCAGGAUCAGGAGAGUGCGAUAAGCACGUCGUCGUACGAAAUACCGCCAUGCGAAGAGCUUAACAUCGCCUCAUCCAGCGUGAUACCGGACACGUCAGUCAGUGCGGAACAUGCUAGCAUUCAUGACAACGGCGUCCCGGAGAUCCCGACUUCUUCAUCGUACAAUCUCAAUCCUGACAUUACGUCGACCCAUCACGUGGAUUCUGUGCCUACUUCCAGCUACGAGGACCAAGUGAUAGUCGAACAGAACGUAUCGACAUCGUACGAGGUGCCAAUCUCAAUGCCCGGCCUGGAGGAGACCUGCUCGCAAAACUUUGUUACAGAGAGCGGCGAUCAUCGUCGGAACGAACCAUCCAGCUACUACCCUCAUCAUCAGGAAGUGACAGCGAGUUACUACGAGUCCGUAGAUCAGGAUGCGAACUCUCGACUGGGGGAAGAGGAAGAUCCACAUGAAGAACACGUGACAGCCGGCGGCUACUACGAGGGCAAUCCUCAGGAGGUGAGUCAGAGUUAUUUCGCCCCGACUGAAGAGACGCCCAACUACAGCAGUCACGGCAUCUCGCCCAGCUAUUACGACCCCAGCAGACCUGAGAGCGAGGCGAGUCAGAGCUACUAUUCCACGGAAGAUCUGGACGGCAAGACAGAGCAGUCGUCUUCAUCGCCGACCAUCGAGGCGUCGCAGAGCUUUUAUCAGGAGAGAUCGAGCGAACUGAGACUGAGGCAGCAAGGUGAAGCCACGCCGACGUAUCCCGAGGGAUACCCGGUGGACUACACUUUAGAAAACUCACCGAUCGAGAGGCAUGAUCUUGUGGAGAGCUCGGUACCAGCCACUCGGCCUAUGGACAGGUAAUAUACCGUGGGGGGCAGUGGUAACAAUUCUAGUUCCCACUUAAAAUAGACUAUUGGGCGACUUACCCGUAUACAAACUUUUGAAUCUAUUUUUAAAUGUAAAUAUAACGCGUUAAGUUAAAUAUAAUAUUAAAUAAGCGCUUAGAUUUAGAUUAAGAUGAAAUUUGGCGUUAGAUUUUAUUGCUAGGCUCUUAGACAAGCGAAUGCAUUCGCGUAUGAAUAUGCGUAUUUUUGCGCAACAAAAGAAAACAGAAGAUAAAGUCGCGAAUAUAAUCUUAGGAUUCGCAUUACACAGUUUCAUCAUCGCAUUAAAAUAAUAUUGUUUUGGUUUUAUUAUCAUCGACAUUUGAUAUGAUAAAGAAGAAAAAAAUGUCCAUACAAUUGCUAGAAUAAACGAAGAAAAGCCAGCUAUUUAUACAUAAUGGAUACAGAUUACUAUUCUUUCUUUGAAGUUUCAUAAAGGUUCGUGUCGGAUAAACGAUUUUCGAUUUCCGUCAAUAUUUCUGUGUAUCUACGAUGGAGCAAUGGUGAGAAUCACUGUGGGGACCCGCACGAUAAAGAUUUCUUUUAUGAGGUCGAGAUAAGAGGCAUGAUAAUUGCCGAUCAAAGCCAUUUCAUACCGAGAGAUCGCAACUAAAAGAAAAUCCACAAUCAACGUUCCAGGAUUUCACUGUUGCUCCGUAAUGUCAAGUCGUAACGUAAGCAGUUGUUUAUUUGUAACAGUUUUAAGCGAUAAGAGCUCAUAUGUGAUUCUUUAAGACAAAACAGAGCCGUAGCAAACCUAACGGAGGUCCCAAUAUUUGUCUUCAAUCUUCAAUAUUAACCGAGACUGAUAAUGCUCUCGCUUAUUUCAUUUACUUGCUUACGUCUGCGACAGCCGUUCGAUUUGCUAUGGCCCUAAGAAGCAAAGAGCACAAUAUUUCUGAUUAUAUAUCCAUAAACGACAUAUGUCCUACAUUUCGAUAAAAACACAAAAAAUAGAGAGACACAACUCUCGAUCUAUCGUUUAAAGACUUAACUUUCCCGAAUAAAUUGAGCCGUGCCUCGCUUUGCUCAAUGUGAACAGUGUAAUUUUUCAAUAGCGAUUUGUGUGAAUCGCGAUACAGAAUGUGCAAGGCUCUGAGCGAAACGAGGGUCAUUCUCUAUUAGAAUAUGUUUUAGUUUAUAGAGCCAAUACAAACUACAUUUAUAUAAAGGUAUAUGUAUAUACAUAUACACAUAUUAUAUACAUAUGCAUAUACAUAUAUGUAUACAUAUGUAUAUAUGUAUACAUACGUGCAUAUAUGUAUGUAUAUAUACACAUUACGCAUGUACAUAUGUGUACGUAUAUAUACAUACGUACAGAUACACAGGAUCCUAUUUUAAUCAAUCCAGACAAUUUUCUCUGAAAUUAUUAAUGAUGCAAAACAAUGUUUGAGAUGAAAAUGAUACAUUAUUUUGUAUCAUAAAAACUUCGGAGAAAACUGGAUUGAUUAAAAUGGGACACCCUGUAUAUAUAAAAUAAAAAUGUGCUUAUUAUUUCACUUAUAUAAAAAAGUGUACCUUGUGUGCUAAUGAGGCAAUAGAAGAGAAGAGAGUGAGCAAAGAUUUUGAUUGUUACAAAAUCUGUCAUGUUUGAGACGUAUCUAGAAAACGUUUGUGAACGUGAAGAAAUUUAGAAGUUUCUUAAGUUCUUGAGAAGAUCUACUUAUUGUGCAAGCCUCAAACAAGGCAGAUUUACCAAAAUGUCAUAAGAAAAAAAUUAUAUUAUAUUCUUUAUUAUAGUCUCACGUUAUAUCAAAAAAUAAAUCAAUGUUUUUAUUUCUCGUGGCGUUUUUAAUUAUGGUCACGCGUGUACAUAUUAUGUUGAUAUUGGAUAAAAAAUUGUAUUCUCAUGUCAAACAUGGCUCGAUAACAAUAUCGUAGCUUAUAAGAAAAAAAAACCUGAAAAAUUUUCAAGAACGGACUGAAUUGUUAAUGUUCUGUAAUUAACUCUGAAUUCUUUUGAUAUAUAUGUAUAUAAGUGUACGUAUGUAUCAGAAAAGUUAUCUUAAAAAUUCGUAUAUAUUUACAGACACAUAUAAUAUAAUAUUGCAAGAUGGAGAAAUAUAGCUACAUUUUUUCUAAAAAAAAAUAAAAAUAAAAACUAAAAAGGAAACGUGCUACCUUUUUGAUGUACAAGAUUAUGUAUUUGUUCAUUAAAUUUACAAAGUGAAAUUCAUACGAAUGAAUCAAGUAGCUCUCCUCUACGUUUCACAUGUCGAUAACAAUCUGAUAUUUUCAACACUAACAAUAUUAUCUAUUUACAUUUAUUUCUAUUGUGUGCACCAUAUACACUUGUAAUUAAGAAUAAAAUAAAUAUACGAGUAUUUACAUAACUGAUUA